UUAUAUAUAGUUCUAUAUAAAUUUUCAUGGAAUGUUACAAUUAUAUAUUUUCAUGAACAAGAAUUGCUAUUUUACAGCAGUAUAUAAACUAAUUGAGUUUAUGAUAUGUAGCCAAAUAAGUCCAUGCUUUUAUACACGUUUACGCAAUGAAUUGUAACUCUACCCAGCAUAUAAACACGCACGCUAGACAAUGUCACUGUUGACACUAUACUACCUUUCAGUACUGAAUAUAUUCUGUGUUGCGUGUUGUAAUUUUCCCUGGCUUUUUAGUUUUUUUUUAGUUAGGGUUACGAUUUCAUUAUAUCUGUAUUCUCCCUUUUUUCGCAUCAAUAUAUCUAUUUUUUAAUUAUCAUAUAUUUAAUCUAAAACAUGCAUACGUGUACGUUGCGACCUUUCUAUGUAUAUCUUCUAGUAAUACAUACACGUCAUCGAAUAUCUGGAACGGAACUAUAUUUAGAACAAGUCAAUAAGGCGCUAUGCUAGUAACUGGUAUUUCCAUAGUGUGAUGUGGAUUUCCAGUUGACAUUACGGGUUUUCCAACAUUCAAACUAUUUUUCAAAAUGACGUUACGUUCGUUAUAAUGAAACAUUGUAGAGGUGUUUCCGUAAUUUAGUGUACAGAUUAGCUCCAGAUUUACAAAAUACUAACACAACGAUCAUAAUGGCGGUGUUAAGGAAUAUUGUCUUUAUGUCACCAAAAGAGAAAUCUUCAGACGCGUGUACAGCCGCACUGUCACCCGAUGACUCUGUCCCUCCUCAUGAUGUUAAACGGCGCUGUAGUCACAAGGCAUUUUGUAUAUUCCUGGUGUCAUGUUUAAUAGGACAAUCUUACUUGAUUGGAUAUACAAUUAGUCAAAUCAACAAAACUUCUGGUGCUGACAUUGUAUCAUGUUCAAGUUCAUCACGGUCUAUAUGGAUACCAUACAAACACAGUGGAAGUCCCGCUAAGAUGGUAACAGACAGCUCGCCUUUUUACUGUCGGAUCCUGCAUCACAAGCUGUCCCAUCUCAUAGACUUAUUGGUUAUUGCAAAUAGAUCCAAAAUUCGCAUUCCUGAUGAACGACAGCAAUCCUGGGCAGCAACUACACGGCCUUCUACUCAGCUCCUACAUUACCGAGGACUCGAAGAUCGAAGAUACUACAUAAGAAAGGUACCCAGACUUCAUCUUAAUGAUAAAAACGUAAGGAUUUUGGAGGACGGAAGUGUGGAAGUACAACAGGAUGGGGUCUAUUGGGUAUAUAGUAUAGUGACCUUUGUACAUACAGCCAAUGGCACUAUUGCUCCGAUGGACGAUCAUUACAUAUACCGGAAACGUUUUAAUGAUCAAACUGUCAUUCUGUCAGACAGAAGCCAGAAACAAUACCUGCAAACGAAGUCCAUCUACUCCUUGGACCUAUCUGGAAACUUUGAUCUACGAAAAGGAGAUAUAUUAAAUCCUGUUAUUCGGAACUUCUCCUCUGUUUACAGGCUUACAGCCGCAAACUACUGGGGAGUAUACCAAGUAAGACCAAUGGCAAAGUAAAUUUUGCCAAAUUAUCAAGGGACAAACGGUAUUUUCAUACUUAAAGUACACAAGUAGAUAUUCAACAAGUGCUGUAAUUAAAUUAAAUUUACCCAUUAUAAUUAUUAUUUAAUUAAAAAUAAUUGUUAAUAUUAAUGAAAUCUAUUUGAUUGCGAUAUAUAGCUUGAUAUAUGUGAUAAUAUAUCUUUAUUCUGUGUAUUAUUACAACUAUUACAACCAUGUAAAAGGACAUUGAUGCAUCGAUGAUUAAGAGAGUAAUGAUUUAAUUUUUUGUUGGAGAAUCUGACGAAUAUUAUCAUAUUUGUUACAUUCUGAAAAAUAAAGUAAUGCAGUUUCAAAAGAUUGAUUGCAUUCACAUUCAAUUAAAUGAUCUUUGUAACGAUCAUAGUUUAAAUUACUAGUAUUAUUUCUUAAUUGGCAUAGAAUGAUAUUUAAAUUUCGAUUUCCACAAAAUUUGAAAAUAUCAUUUGAUUCAGACUUAUAAAUUGACUUUUAUUUAGUAGCCUUUUAAGCUGUGGCGUAGAAUGCAUUUUACUAAAAUCUGGAUCAAGUCUAUUAAUUUCAUUAAACAUGGAUGGAAAAAACUUUCAAAAUAACUUACAGUACGACAUAAUGGGGGAUCAAAUAUUCUAUUUAUUCGGAGGGGAUAUCUGUCGAGAGUUUCAUCAUGAACAUAUGGUUGAAUAAUAUCUCGAAGACAAUCUGAAGUUGCAUUGUUCAUUAUUCUAUACGCCAUGAUAAGUUUAUGAUUCUUUCUUCUGCAACUUAAAGAUUCCCAUCCUAAUUCUUUGUAUGAUUUAUCAUGUAGUGUUCCUCUGCGUAAACCUGUUAUUAAUCUCCCAGCUUCUAAUUGUGUAGUUUCUAAUAGAUUUUUUGAGCUAGUGUACAGUUGUCCCAAACAACAUCUGCGUAUUCAAUAAUUGGUCUGAUGUAGGAUGUAUAGAUAAUAGUUAGUGAUUUUCUAUCAACUUUCUGUUUUAUUAAUCUUAGAAUAUUUAUUCUUUUAAAUGCUUUAUCAUAAAUUCUAGAUAUGCGUUGGUUCCAUUUAGCACCGUCACUAAGUGUAAUAGGUUCACCAUAAAAAGUAAUGAUAUGGUGACUCUUGUCAGUUUUUCUUGAAAAGAUAAUAGAUUCAGUUUUGGAAGGAUUUUUUUUUUUAUAUUUAUUUUAUUUUUAAGACAUUUUUAAUACAUAAAUACACAAAAAUCACACACACAAACACUCAUCGAUUACAUUAUGUAUGGUUUGCUAUCAACAUAGUCAUAAUAUUAUCUUCAAUGUCAUCAUAACCUAUAUUUUUCAUCAUCAUAGUCUCAUCAUCCUACUUAAACAUUAAAAUCAUCAUCAUAAUACUAAUCAUCAUAC